AUAAGUUGAUCAAACUUCACACUUCCUGUAAGCUAGCUGCUAGGCUGCGAUGGAGGCGUGGCUAAGCCUGUGUUUCAUAGCCCUCAUCACUAUACCGGCCCUUUGGUUUCUCAACCUCUCGGGGACCAAGAGCAAGCCACAUAAGCCGCAGCCUCCCGGGCCGUGGACUCUCCCGAUCAUCGGCAGCCUCCACCACGUCAUCAGCGUCGUCCCGCACCGCAAGAUCACGGAGCUGUGCCGCCGGCACGGGCCACUCAUGCUCCUCAAGCUCGGGGAGGUCCCAGCCGUGAUCGUCUCCAGCGGAGAGGCGGCGGCGCAGGUGUUGAAGACGAACGACCUCACGUUCGCGACGCGGCCGGGCACCCCGACGCAGGACAUCGCCGGCUGCGGCGGCAGGGGCAUCAUCUUCGCACCCUACGGCGACCACUGGCGCCAGAUGCGCAAGGUGUGCAUCGUGGAGCUCCUCAGCGCCAAGCAGGUGAGGCGGAUGGACGGUAUCAGGCUGGCGGAGGUGGGCAGCCUCCUCCAUUACAUCGCCGGCGCCGCAUCAACCGGCGCCUCCGUUAACGUCAGCGAGAAGAUGAUGGAGCUCAGCAACGGCAUCGUGGCGCGGGCGGUGUUCGGUGGCAAGUUUGCCGAGCAGGAGGAGUACAUCCGCGAGCUGGACGUGGUGCUCACUCUGCUGGGUGGGUUCUGCCUCGUCGACCUCUUCCCGUCGUCGCGGUUAGCGCGUUGGCUCAGCUUUGGCGCGCGCCGCAUGCAGAGAAGCUACGGCUGCAUGCAGCGCAUCAUUGAAAACGUCAUUGAGGAGCGUAAGGCCGUGCGAGCUGCCGGAGAAGGCACCUGCAACGUCGACGACGAGGACCUCCUGGACGUGCUGCUCAGGCUGCAGAAGGAGGACUCACUCGCAUUCCCCCUAACCACUGAGAGUAUAUGUGCCGUCUUAUUUGAUAUAUUUUCAGGUGCUACAGAUACCACAGGAACCAUUUUGGAAUGGGCUAUGUCGGAGCUUGUCCGUCAUCCUAAAGCCAUGGCUAGGGCACAACUAGAGAUCAGAGAGACCCUUGGUCAAGAUCGAGAUGUCAUUACUAAUAGCGACCUUACUGAACUAACCUACAUGCGAAUGGUCAUUAAGGAGGUUCUUAGGUUGCAUCAACCCGCUCCUCUAAUUCCCCGCAUGGCCAGAGAGGAUUGUAAAAUUUUAGGCUAUGACAUGCCUAAAGGCACCACAAUAUUCAUUAAUGUCUUUGCAGUUUCUAGGGAUCCAAAGUGUUGGAAGAACGCUGAAGAAUUUGUGCCAGAGAGGUUUGAGAACAACACAAUGGAUUACAUUGGGACACACUAUGAAUUCACCCCCUUUGGGGCAGGACGAAGGCAAUGCCCAGGGAUGCUAUUCGGCACGUCAACCUUGGAAAUUGUUUUGGCAAACCUUCUCUACCAUUUCGAUUGGGUUCUUCCUGGUGGGACGAGCCUAGAGUCAUUGGACAUGUCUGAGAAAUUUGGAAUAACAGUGGGAAGAAAAACCGACCUACAACUAAUAGCUAUUCCAUGUGGACACUUCAAAGCCACAUAGACUUAUAUAGUUACUUCAGUGCUCGUGGACAUAUUCAUAUAUAUUUACACACCACCAUCUCGAUAUAACCACGAGGUUACACCGACAAGAACAGAAAGUCAUAGACGAUGUUUUUGUACUAGAAGUAUAAUAUUCCUAGCAACAAAAAUAUUAGUAUCCAUGCCAUUGUACUUUGUGUGAAUGCAAAGAGGAAAUAAAAUGCAUUCAUACCGUAAAAUUACAUGUUGUAUUCAGUUCAA